GCCGUUCACCAGCCCGCACCGCUCCCCAAAGAUGCUCACACUCGAGGCAUCUCAGCUCGAUGGGCCACACCCCAGCUACAUGUUUUCCGACAGCAGUUUCUACGACCUGGACUCAUGCAAGCCUCUGCCCACCUUCCCUCACUGCUUGAUGGAGGCCGAGCCCCCCACGGAUCCGUGUGCAGGCUGGCUGGAGCUGGCGGAGCCGGGCUACGAGCCCUUCGACUCAGGGCAGUUGGCCCCGCUGCACACCGUGACGGUCCCCUACGGGCACGGCCCCUACCCACUGCCCCCCCCGGACGCCGUCUACAGCCUGGAGGGGCCGCUGCCCGCCCCUAGCCACUGCUCCGUCCUGCCCGAGGAGUACGGAGCCCAGCCCUACACGUUGUACAGUCCGUGCCCCCUGCCCAGCGCCCUGCCCAGCCCCCCACUCUCCGAGGAUGAUGACUUCCCCCCUGAUGCCCCGGCCCUGGAGGUGUCUGACAGCGACUCAGAUGAGAACCUGUCACCUGGCGGGUCCCUGGACCUCGACUCAGGCUCCCGGCGGAAGCUGCGCCUGUACCAGUUCCUGCUGGGACUGCUGCAGCGCGGUGACAUGCAGGAGUGUGUGUGGUGGGUGGAGCGCGACUCCGGCGUCUUCCAGUUCUCGUCCAAGCACAAGGAGGCACUGGCACACCGCUGGGGGCAGCAGAAGGGCAACCGCAAGGCCAUGACCUACCAGAAGAUGGCACGGGCCCUGCGCAACUACGGCAAGACGGGCGAGAUCCGCAAGGUCAAGAAGAAGCUUACGUACCAGUUCGGCCACAAACUGCUGGGGCUGCCCGGCCCCCGCGCCCCCUCCUAGGAGCCCCCUGUUCCUGCCACAGGACUGCACAGUGCAUGGCAUGGCACGGCCACCAGGGGGCGCUGCCCCCACCCCUGCCCCACUGGGGUGUCUGCUCCUGGCAGGACCGGGUGCCAGGACUCCUGGGUUCUCUCUUCUGCACUGGGUUCAGUGGGUAAGAUGGGUGGGGAGGAGCCAGGAUGCCUGAAUUCUUCUAUUUCCUGUAUCCGGGUGGAGUUUAGGUUGGGGGUGGGGUUGGGCACUAGGACACCUAGGUUCCGCCCCGCCCCCCCUCAGAGAGGGGAGUGGGGCCUAGUGAAUUAGAGCAGGGAGCCUGGUUCCACUCCCUGGCUCUGGUUGGAGUGUAGGGUUGAGCACAAGGACACUUGGGUUCCACCCCUGGCUCAGGCAGAGGAGUGGGUACCUAUGGUUUAGAGCAGGGAGCUGGGAACCAGGACACUUGGGUUCCAGCUCUGGGCAGCAAAUGGGGUGGGGGUGGGCACUAAAGUAGGGUGGGCUGGAAGCCAGGGCUCCUGGCUUCUGUUGCCCUCUGGCUUGGCGGGGUCUAUUCCUUUGUGUGGAGUGGUCCCCUCCAGGUGCGAGUUCAGGGAGCGACAUGUAUAUUUAUAUUUCAGGAGGGCAUCUCAGAGUUUGUAUAAGUUGGGUCUUUCUGUCUUUUUUAAAGCAAUCAAGUUUGUAUAAUUUUGUAAAUUCCUAAUAAAAUGUUGCUAGAAAA